CUUUCACCUAAAAAACAAUAACCAAAAAAUGGCAUCACUCCUUUGAUUCUUUCCUCUUUACCAACUUCACCUCUCGUUCUCUAAACCAAUUUCUAUUCUUUUCUUCCUUUACUCAUUCAACUCUUCCACCGCUAUUCUCAACCCCCCUAAAGAUCAACACUUUUUCUCUAGAGUCUCAAAAUUAUCACACGAUUCUUUGUUUCUUCAAACAUCAUCAUUAACCAUGUCCUUCUUCUAUUCCUCUUUGCCUUUUUUCCUUCUGUCACUUCUUUUCUUCCCUUGUCUUUCUCAAUCCCUUAGAGGUGUUUUGAUUGAUUGUGGUGCUACAGUUGACUCUGUUGUUUAUGAACAAAAAUGGGUUUCAGAUACUGGUUAUAUAUCAACAGGAACACCCAAAAAUGUUACAGUUGAAGUUCUUGAUUCUACACUAUCAACUGUCCGUACAUUUCCAUUGAAAAACAAUGUUUUCAAGAAGUUCUGUUAUGAGAUUCCUGUUUAUCGUGGAGGGAAAUAUUUGGUUAGAACAACUUAUUUCUAUGGUGGGGUUAAUGGUAAUUUGAAUCCACCUGUAUUUGAUCAAAUUGUUGAUGGAACUUUUUGGAGUCCAGUGAAUACAACUGAGGAUUAUUGGCAUGGAAUGUCUUCAUAUUAUGAAGGUGUUUUUAAACCUGUUGGAAAGACUAUGAGUGUGUGUUUGGCUGCUAAUAGUUAUACGGAUUCGGACCCUUUUAUAUCUGCUUUGGAGCUUGUUUUAGUAUCGGAUUCGUUGUAUAAUUCUACAGAUUUUAACACUUAUGCAUUGACUUUGAUGGCAAGGAGUAGUUUUGGGAACAAUGGAUCAAUUAUCAGAUAUCCUGAUGAUGAGUUUGAUCGUUACUGGGAGCCCUAUGGACAACAUUCUCUUGCAGAAAGUUUCAGUCAUGUUUCUGUUUCUGGCAUCUGGAAUUACCCCCCUGCAAAAGUAUUUCAGACACGGCUCGCACAUAGUCAGCUCGGACCUAUGGAGUUAUUAUGGCCUCCGGCACCUCUCCCAAAUGCAACAUAUUACAUAGCUCUUUACUUUGCUGAUGAUCAAGAUUCAUUCUCUGGAAGAGCAUUCAACAUAAGCAUAAAUGAUAUACUGUUUUAUCCCAACCUUAAUAUUACUCCAGCUGGCAUGGUUGUAUUUGCAAAUCAGUGGCCUUUGUAUGGUAAUACAAAGAUAACUUUAACUCCUCAGUUUGGAUCAAGUAUUGGCCCGUUGAUAAAUGCAGGAGAGGUUUUUGAAGUGCUGCCUGUUGGAGGAAAAACUCAUACUCGAGAUGUCAUAGCUCUAGAAAGAUUGAGGAAGAGUUUCAAGAAUCCUCCCGCUGAUUGGAAUGGUGAUCCGUGUUUACCCGUUCAAUACCAGUGGACUGGAGUUACAUGUGCAGGAGGACCACGAAUUCGUGUAAUUACUUUAAACUUAACAAGCAUGGGUCUUUCUGGGUCAAUUGCACCUGGCAUUGCCAGAUUGACAGCAUUGAGCGGAAUAUGGCUUGCGAAUAAUGAUUUGACGGGAUCUAUCCCAGAUCUGAGUUCAUUGAGUAACCUGGAGAGUUUACAUUUGGAAGACAAUCAGCUUAGUGGAGAAAUUCCGACAUCUCUUGGAAACAUUAAGAGCCUUAAUGAAAUCUUCUUGCAGAACAAUAAUUUGACUGGAGAGGUACCGAGCAGUCUUCUCCGAAAACCAACGCUGAACCUCAGGACCACUCCUGGGAAUCCAUUGUUGUCACAGCCCCCAAAAUGAGGAGCUUAUCCUUGCUCCUUUGGACAUUGAGAAGUAUAAAAUAUUCAUUUUUUGGCAUUAGAUUUCAGAACCCACACAUCUCUUUUUCAAUCUUGAAGAUUUGGUGAAAAGAAAAAUCUUGAGAGCUUAUUUAUUGGAACUCCGGAAUACAUUCACCAAGACUAAGUAUUCAAAAUGGUUUGCCAGCACAUUGUCUACCCAAGUAGUCUAGUAGAAUGGAUUUUUGCUGUAAUUUUUUGGUGUCCAUAGCUGUAUGUACAGUCAUUGGGUUUUCAGUUCAAUAUUUUUCUCCUUGUGUAACUCAAAAAGUUUGUCUUUGAUUCAUAUAUACUGGAACUCAAUUGUAUAAACAGUUUGUAACUUGUUUAUUAUGGAAGUGAUGCAAGAGUUUUUCUGUUGAUUGUAAA